GGUCCCGCCCACGGCAGCAGGGUUUGGUUGAGCGCUGUUUGUGCGCUCGGGGCCGCGCCGGGAGCGAGCGGAGGAAAGCCGAGGGAUCGGUGCCUUCCAAGCUCUCCAGCGGGUCCGGCAGCACCGGGGCCAUGACGAGCCGUGGGGCCGCCAGGCCCAACGGGCAGUCCCAGGCCAGUAAGAUCUGCCAGUUCAAACUGGUGCUGCUGGGAGAGUCAGCCGUGGGCAAGUCCAGCCUCGUGCUGCGCUUCGUGAAGGGGCAGUUCCACGAGUACCAGGAGAGCACCAUCGGGGCGGCGUUCCUGACGCAGUCCGUGUGCCUGGACGACACGACGGUGAAGUUCGAGAUCUGGGACACGGCGGGGCAGGAGCGGUACCACAGCCUGGCCCCCAUGUACUACCGGGGCGCCCAGGCCGCCAUCGUGGUCUACGACAUCACCAACCAGGAAACCUUCGCACGGGCCAAGACAUGGGUGAAGGAACUGCAGAGACAAGCCAGUCCCAGCAUCGUCAUCGCCCUGGCUGGCAACAAGGCUGACCUGGCCAGCAAACGCAUGGUGGAGUAUGAGGAGGCGCAGGCGUACGCGGAUGACAACAGCCUGUUGUUCAUGGAGACGUCGGCCAAGACAGCCAUGAAUGUGAACGAUCUCUUCUUGGCCAUCGCCAAGAAGCUGCCAAAGAACGAGCCCCAGAGCACGAGUGGCGCCGGGGGCCGGAGCCGAGGCGUGGACCUGCACGAGCAGAGCCAGCAGAACAGGAGCCAGUGCUGUAGCAACUGAGCCAAGAUCCCACCUCCAUCCCCGUCCACGCCGCACCUCCACCCCAGCACCGAGACCCCCAACCAGGACCCUCCCAGAGCUCCUCUAACUGCACUUUUUAAUGCUUCGAAGCCACCACUCGGCACCUGAUCCCACCUGGCACCCGAUCCCACCUGGCACCCGAUCCCACCGGCUCCCGAUUCCGCCACCACCCCACCCCCCACCCUGGAGGCAGCGGAGCCAGAUCAGCUGGGACUUAACUUCUGAGAAACAACGAACUCUUCUUCACUUUGUAUUAUAGGUGCAAAUAGCGCCCUAAUGCUCGGAUUUCUCCCUCCAUCUCCCCCCUCUGCCCCUCCCUCUCUGCUUUGGGAAAUCUGGGUUCCCCAAACUGCCUCCUCCUGCCCCCACCCCGGUGUGGGGGGUCCCUAGGAGGCGGCAGCACCGACCUCGCCGGUUCUCGUCGUGCCGAACUGGCCGGAACCAGAGCCCUCCGGAGCCGACGGGGCUUUUCCACGGGGUCUGUCAUGGAUUUCUUCGGAAUUUUUAUUAAUUUCUCCCCCCUCCUCUUUCCUGUUGGGCUGUCAGGGGGAGGGAAGCUGCAGUGUCCUUCAUUUCUUCCGAGGUGGCCUUUUUGAUGGAAGAUUGGAAGUGCCUGGGGACUUUUUUUUCGGGGGGGCAGUGGGCUCCUGCUGGACCCCAAGUGCCAUGGGAGACCCUUCCCCAGUGCCCGCCCUCGCCCCGCUGUGUUAUGGCUCUGUGGGGAACGUCCCCACGGUCACCCUGGCUGUGGCCACCCCACAGUGAUGUCCCCUCGGUGACCCCGGCUGUGGUAACGAUGUCCCCCUGGUGAUCCCGGCUGUGGUGGCCCCCCAGGUGCCCACAGUGAUCCCACCCCACAGGUGACAUCCUCCCGUUGGUGCUGGUGGCCACCCCCCAGGUGACACGAUCCCAGCUGUGGCUGCCCCGUGGGCAGUGCCCCCCUGCUGAUCCUGCCCCAGUGAUCCCGGCCAUGGCCACCCCACGGGCUGUCCCCUGCUCCUGGUGAUCCCAACGCACAUCCACGUCCCCCUGGUGCUCCCACCGAUCUCCACGGUUUGUCCUGGUCCUGGUUUGCACUUUAGUGGUGAAAUGUCCUGUUGAGACUCACCUCGGUUCUGUUGAUGUGUCGGGGGGUGCCGGGGGGGCAGCAGCCCCUUUGUCCCACUGCUUUUCCCUAUGGAGCUUUUGGAGCUGGAGGGACCCUGGGUGGGGUGGGACAGGCGAGGACCUCCAUCCCAGGUGCUGCCACGCAAGGGGGCACCCCAAAAUGGGGACACCCCAAAACAGGGACACCCUGAACUGGCAGCACCACCUGGGCCUGUCUCCCUGCUGGCAGCUUGGGGGGCUCUGGGGACCCCCAGGCCCGGGGGAACUGGGGGGGCUGUGGCUGUGGGGCGGAGGGACCAGUCUCAUAUGAAGCCCCCCAGCGUGGGGGCAGAGCCUACAGGAUUUCAGCCCUCUCCUGCUGUCGGAGCAGCCCCCCAGGGACCCUCUGGCUGCCGUUCUGGUGCUCCCAGUGCUUCAUGUCAUGGCCUGGGAGCCCCCCGAGUGGGUGACACGUAUUUAACAAAGGGCUGGGGACCCCAACCCUCUCCCCGCCAUCUUCUAGCCCAGACCCUGGACCAAAUGGGGGACACUGCAACUUCUCUCACUCUUUUUUUUUUUUCCUGCUUUUUCUCUUAUUGUUGUUAUUAUUUUUGCUUUGGGAAAGCUCCUCCAUCGCAGUGAAAUAACAAUCGUGGUAACAGAACUCG